CGGGCAGGAGGCGGGCCAGCCCAAGCCCAGCGGGGCCCCACCCGGGCGCGGCCCGCGAUGGCUGCGGCGGCGGGAGCGGAGCGGGGCUGAGCCGGCCAGGCCAGGACCGGACCGGCCGGGGCAGGACAGGACAGGACCGGGCAGGACCGGGCCGGGCCGGGCCGGGCCGGGCCGGGCCUCCCCGCCAUGGCGAAGCAGUACGACGUGCUGUUCCGGCUGCUGCUCAUCGGGGACUCCGGCGUGGGGAAAACCUGCCUGCUCUGCCGCUUCACCGACAACGAGUUCCACUCGUCCCACAUCUCCACCAUCGGAGUCGACUUCAAAAUGAAGACCAUAGAGGUAGACGGCAUUAAAGUCCGGAUCCAGAUUUGGGAUACUGCAGGGCAGGAGCGAUACCAGACAAUCACCAAGCAGUACUACAGGAGGGCACAGGGAAUAUUUUUAGUUUACGACAUCUCCAGCGAACGCUCCUACCAGCACAUCAUGAAGUGGGUCAGCGACGUAGAUGAGUACGCGCCUGACGGAGUCCAGAAGAUCCUCAUAGGGAACAAAGCCGACGAAGAGCAGAAGAGGCAAGUGGGAAGAGAUCAAGGCCAGCAGCUGGCUAAGGAAUAUGGCAUGGACUUCUACGAAACAAGUGCCUGCACCAACUUCAAUAUUAAGGAGUCUUUCACUCGGCUGACUGAGCUGGUGCUGCAGGCCCACAAGAAGGAGCUGGACAGACUCCGCACCUUCGCCAGCGAGGAGCUCCCCUUGGCCGAGCUGGAGGAAGACGAGGGCAGACCGGAGGGCACGGGGCACUCUCCGAAGACCUGCUGGUGCUGAGGGAUCUGCACGGGCCACCUGUACCGGUGCCGCUCCUCCUCCUCGUCCUCCUCCUCUCCUCUCCUCCUCCUCCUCCUCCUCUAUGGCUGGCGGCAUGCGUGGGCAGCUUGGAUGGCAGGAGUCCAGGCCUUACUGCCCUACCGCUCUCCUCGUCCAUCUCACCAGGUCCGCCGCCCUCCAAAGGGCCUUCCUCCUGGCGGUCCCCUGACGUUCAGGCUCCGUGUGUUCCCUCGAGAUGAGCCGUGAGCACACACCCGCUCGCUCUCCUGCCCUGCCCUUCACAUUUCCUUCCUCUCCCCAUCUCCCCCCCUCCCACUCCCAGGUCUAGGUUUUGCUUUGACGGGUAGUGUAGCCUCUUUCCUUCCCUGAGUGUCGUGGGGAGAAACACUGGGUCUCCCCAAUGGGAGCAGAGGAGCCUGAAGUGUCCUCCACUCCCUGCUGCAGAAAGGGCCCCACCCUCCCAAAUCCCACGCCGAGUCCAUCCACUCUCUCCAUGGAUUUUUACCAUAAGGAGGUGCAGGGGCCGUGUGACGCCUGGAGCCGUUCACCGCUUCGGGGCUCUGGGCAGCAAAGCGGAUGGUCCCCUGCUAGCUGACAGAGAGGACUUCAGCCCUAGACCUGAGUUCAGGUCCUGUUGAUCUGCCUCGCUCUGCGGCCUGGCACCCUCCUUUGCCCCUCCAUUUGUGUUGGGCCUAGCUGGGCUACAUCCAACCUUCUGGGAAGACUCUGUUGCUUCCCCUCCCUGGCCCAGCCUCCACCUGUUGGGCAACGAAGCAAGCAGUAGAGGCAGAGGCCCCGAGGAAGGAUAGCAGGAGCGGAGAUGAUUUGUGAAAUGGAGUCUGAACAGAGGAAGCGUGUUAGGCUCCAAACAAUCCCCCUCUUCCUCCUCCCUUUUCACUCUGACCCAGGUGUGGGCUUCUGUAGUGGGGCAGAUAUGGAAUAGGAGCCAGGAUGGUUCCAGACUGUCCAGGGACAAGAAGGAGAAGACUGGAACCAGCAGCCUCUAUCAUCUAUGCUCUCCCAAGUGCUUAACAUAGUGCUCUGCACACGGUAAGCACUCAGCGAAUACCACUGAUGUCAGAGAGGCAGAAGCAGAGUGUAGAAGAGGAAAGUGUUUUCUCCAGAUCCCCAAGUCGUGGCCCCCCUGUGCCGAGGGGACCUGAAACUUCCUCCUCCCACAUCUCCCCCGAGGUGCGAGGGGGACCCGGACUAAGAGAAGAGGGGCGACGAUCUCCCACCUGAGUGGUGAAGGGGAAAGGUGGGCAGCAGCUCUGGGGGGGAAUUUGUUUUAGUAUUCAGUGCCCAUCUCAAUCCUUCAGAGAAAGCUAAAGGCUCUGCACUCUCAGGCCCGGGCAGACAGGCAGGGCCGGCUUGUUUGUAGCACAGCGGGGGUUUCCCUCCCUGUGGCAUAGACUAGCAAGCCUAGCCAGUUCCUGACUCUCACCCCUUAGGGACACUGCCCCCGGGCCAUGGAGCUUGGUUGGCAUCCUUGCCCAUUGUAGCCUGUCGGGGAGAGAUCCCCCAGGACAGGUAUGCGAACAAGGCGACCGGCCAUAAGGUUGUUGGACGGGUCAAAGCCGUGGGGAAAGAAAGCACUGGGAACUGUGAGUGGAGGGACAGGAUCAGCUGCCAUUCAUGGCUCCGUCUCCCAGAGUUGAGCCGGACUCUUCAGCUCUGGCCAAUGGAAACAAAAAUGCAUCGAGGUGGAGGGGAGGGAGAACUGCUGGGACGGUGGGGUGGAUGUGUGUGUGGGGGGGGCGGCGGGUGGCGGUGGGGGGGGAACCUCUCCCUGGUGAAAAUCACUUGGAGGAAUUCAGGGUCGGGUAGGAUUUUAGCCAGGCCGCCUCCCUCGUUGCCAAGGCAAAUAUGGGUUAGGGCAACUGAGUUGCCCCUCUCGUCCUUCAGGGGAAGGAGGGGAGAAGCACUACUGAAAUCUUUGGACAGAUUUCCUUGCCUCCCCCACCCCACUGGGGAGCAGAAUCUGAUUCGACCCUUCCCCAGGGCAUGACGGAGUCGGUCCAACCAGGACCCGCUAGCCUCCAUCACCGAUGAGCGUAAUUGGUGAUGGGGCGACAGUGGAGAGUAGCGUUCAGACUUACACUCUGGGAGGCUGCUGUUGUCAGCGUCUCGCAAGCCAAGACCCGACCCACCCCAAGCCCGCACCUCAGCCGGCCCUGAUGCCCGGCGGGACCUUGGGCGUUGCCCCGAGGCCAGGGCCGUCCCCACGGGCGCCUUGCCCAUCAGCCAGGUUCCCCUGCCCCGCGAGUCUCCGGUGCCUGCUGUCGGGAGACUCAGCCCAGCCCCGGAAACAUCUCUGCUCCUGAGUCCCCGCCUGUCCCUCUCUGUGACUCGUGAACUUUGCCGUCCUGUGUCUGGGGGUCAUUAUACAACUGGAAGCAGAACUUGUCACUUUUAAACACAGAUGUUUACAGAAUAAAAGAGAUUUCGAACCACC